UACGGACAAGUUCAAUAUGAAGGCAUGCUCGAGAUACUAUACAACCGAGAUCUUCGCACACCCAGCCGCGACCUACAAGUUCCGAUCAGCUGCAUCUCAUCUCGACCCAAGCACCGCUCUCCAAUGGCAACAGAUCCUUUUGGAUUAAAUCCUGUUCGAAUUCCAGGCUCUUCAGCUUCUUUGAUAUCAUCAACUUCUGCCAUCAGAAGAGAAAACGGAGAUGAGGAUCGGUUAAUGUCUGGCACUGGUCUUCUUUUGACAAGGAAGGCGCAUUGUAGGCCGUUUGGAAUUAGAGUAGCUGACAAUGGAGCCUCUUCAGAUGAAUUAAAAUAA